UUAAAAAGAUAUUUGUCUUUUUAAAGCAGUCAUGGACCACAAAAGCUCUCAUCUAGUGCCCUCGCAUCAUCCUCCUCCUCCAAUGGACGCUAGUGAUAGAUACCAUAGCCGACGUCUUGUGCAGUCCUCUUCUCCUACCCCUCUUUAUAUUGGCUUCCGUGUGUCUCCAUUUGUUAGGAUCUAUCUUGUAAUCUCUUCCUCUUCUACUUAGCUCUUCUUCUAUUUCUCUUUCUUAUCUUUGUGUUCUUUUCUUCUCCACCAUCACGAAUGACUGGAUCUUCAACAUCCAUUAGAAAGUCAUGAGUAAUCUAAAGGUCCCAAGAGCUAAGGUUUUAUUUCAUCAAGUAUAUGAUAGAGGUUAAAGACGCAAGCUUACUCUUUAUGAGUCCUUGUGCUUUGAUGUUCUUCAAGGAAGAAGUUUUAACAUCUUUGUUUUUCUUUGGCUUUUAGCCCAAUAUCAUAGAUAUUAUAGUUAUCCCUUUGAUGAAACAAGACAAAACAAACAUAGCAUACUUGAUAACAUAUACUUGUUCUUGAAGCAAGUGUUGCACACUUGUUUUUUGUGAAGUUAUCUUAGGAAGGGUGGAAAUGGGGAAGGAGAAGGCAAAGAAGAGCCUCAUACUGAAGACCUUGGAGCGGUGUCGGUCCAUCGGAGGCCACCGGAAGGGGGAGAAGCGGCUUAUGGCACCUGAAGGGUGCUUCUCAGUGUAUGUUGGUCCUGCUAAGGAGCGGUUCGUGGUCCGAAUGGAAUGCAUCAACCAUCCUCUCUUCCAGACGCUGCUCGACGAGGCUGAGAUGGAGUAUGGGUAUGCAACAGAUGGUCCCCUCGAGCUUCCAUGCAACGUCGAGCUCUUCAAUAGGGUCUUGCGGGAGAUGGAGCAAGAAUUGGUGGCAGGGCCACCGAGGUGCAGCUUCACUAGAAGCCACUCUGGGUACUGCCUGCUAAGCCCAUCGAGGCCGAUGAUGAUCGGUCGAUACUAAGAACGUCGAAGGAGCUUGUCAUGUUGUUAAUGUUAUAGCUCCAUAUGGCUGUGUUACUAUGUACAAGCUAUACAUAUAUAUAUAUAUAUACAGAAGAUGUUUGCUUUUUGUUUCCAUGUUUUUGAGGGGGUACCAAUCAAUUGAUCGGUCCUUCAUGCUGUGUUAAAGCAGAUGCUAAGCCCAAGCCGUUGGUGAUCGAUCGAUACUAAGAACGACCAAAGCAGCUUGUCAUGCUGUUGAUGUUCUAGCUUCAUAUAAUGGCUGUGUUACUAUGUACAAGCUAUGCAGAAGAUGUUUGCUUUUUUCUCUUUUCAUGUUUUUGAGGGUACCAAUCUGUGUAGCUAAGCUGAUUGGUCCUUC